AUGGACCACGCCAUGGCUGACGACUCUCAUGCCGCCGAUGGCGAGGAGUUCCUCCUCGAUGAUUCCACGGACGAGAUCCAACUUUCGGAGCUUGACGCUUCCAACCUCCCCGCUGCCAAGAAGGCAUGCGUUGACGUUUCCAACGACAACUCCCCGGACUCUCCUGCUGCUGGCUCAGCCUCGCUUCCCGGCCCUUCCGAGCAGCAGCGUGCUCCUGGCCUGACCUCCACGAUCCCGCGUGGAUCUCAGGUCGCCACGGCGACCAUCGCCUCUCUGCCCCGCUCUACACCCGCUGUCCCUGCCGCUGCUCCCUCCAGGCAGCAGAGUUCCCUUCUGGCCAGCCCCACCGCUGGGGCGGCCCUGCUGGUAGGCCCGGGUAAGCAGGCCCCUCCUCGCCCUCUUCGCCGCCCCCGCCUGGUGCAGGCUGGGCCUGCACUGCUGCCGCGCCGCCGCCGCGUGGUUGACUCUCUGCUCCUCCCGGAGGCGGGAGCUGAAGCAAUCCGUGCAGAUAUCCUUCUCCGCUUGGGUGCGAUGCUGAAAGGACAUAUGUUCGCAAGUGGGACAAUUCCUUCUUACGAUGCUACCUCCGGCGAGCCUCUUCGGGUGCCACGCCGCUCCUACGCCCGGCUGCUCUUCUCAUGGCCUUCUGCUGACGAUGCCGUCUCCUUCCGCAACCUCUUCCCGCUCACGCUCCGGCUGGCAAAUUCUCGUUCGGUCCUCCUCGAGGUCUUCGAAGACCCUGACCCCGAGUUUACUGCUGCUAAGGCAGCUGGCGCCACCACACUGUCUAUCCGCAACGUUCCCACUGAUUACGAGCCGGAGGAUAACAAAGCCUACCUCCUCGCGGCAACCACGGAUGAUGGCCUGCCAUGGCUGAGCGAUCUCCAGCACCUCCACCAGGUGAAGGACCCGAACGAAGGGGUGGCCUUCACCAUUCUCGAUGGCAUCCCGAUUCCCUCUGCCGACGACCCCCACUUCCAGUGCAUUCCGGCUGCCAUCUCCCUGAACGACGGUGGUCCGCCUAUGCUGCUGAACUUCUCAUCCCACGCGUGUCGUUACUGUGCCAAGAAUCACCGUGACGCGGAUCACGCGUCAUUUGCGGCGCGCCGCCGGCAGCGCCUCAACAACAGGGCUGUCAUCUCCGUCGCUCAGCUCCAGCAGACCAAUGGCCAGAUUCUUGGCACCCAGUCCGCCCCUACGGCAGUUCGCAACGAUCCUGGGCUUCUGCUCAUCGGCCUGGACUCCGAAGUGGAGCCUUGGACCUGCGUUCUGUGCGACUUUCAGUGUGGUCACGCGCUCGGCAGUGCGAUGGCACAUAUCGCUUCCCCCACCCACUCGGCCCGCCUGCGGGCCACCUCCCACCUCCCGGCUGCCAAGGACAAGUACAACACCUGGCACGCCAUGACGCUGCUCGAGAAUCCACCCUUCUCAUCACUAUGGCUGCAUUUGCGUUCUGAUGUCGUUCUCACUGCUGUCACUUGUGUCACCUAUUUUAAAUAA